AUGACGGAAACCAAAGUUACUACGGCUCUCAAAGACCUCCGGGUCGGCGAUAUGAUCUGGGUGAAAGCCACUGUCAAUAAAGCGGACUUGGCGAACCCAGCGGCCACCUCAGCCACAACGAAGGCUGUCUUGCAAGGCAAACAUGUAAAGCGCCUCUGUGUCGUUCUCAUUGAAGGGACCACGAGUGUCGUAGUGACCUAUCUCACGACCUUUGGAGACUCGGCCGCCCUGCCCACCCGUUUCACUGAUAAAUCGUACUGGUACCCAGCGCAAUGGGUUAGCUUGCGCCAAAAGCAGACAAUAUUUGACGAUCCGGUCCCGAAGGUCGCAUCUAGGUUUACGUCGUCUUCCAUCCGGCUCAUACUCAAUGCGAUGAAGGAGUGA